CUCGAGGGGGCCGUGGGUGCCCUGAGGAGGAGCUGGACCACGGUCACCGGUGCUGGGUGGGGUGUGCCUGGGGGUGCUGCUGGGGGAGGUUUAACCAGAAAGGGCAUCACCACACUCCUCGUGAUACCAAGUCACGUGGUGGUUGGAUCAGUAAACGGUCCUGGGAGAAGCCCGGAGAGGCUCUUCCGACGGUACGUUUCCCGGUCUGGACCGGUGGUGGUGGGUUUUUGACGGGUUCGCCCCUUCGCCCGUCAGAUACCGGGUGCUGGGGGAGCAACCAUGGAUUGGCCCCAGCAGAGAUGCAGCAGGUGUUGGGGGAAGACGUCCCAUCUGAAAUGGAGGUGAUCCGGGGAGCUGACCGCCGACCACACCGACAUGGGGUUGCGACUGUUGGCUUGUCUCUUCCGUUUGCCCACCGCAGUGAUCUACGGGUCCUUGUCGCUGUUCGUCUCCAUUUUGCACAACGUGUUUCUCCUCUACUACGUGGACACCUUUGUCUCUGUUUACAAGAUUGAUAAACUAUCCUUUUGGAUAGGAGAGACGGUGUUUCUGAUCUGGAACAGCCUCAAUGACCCUCUGUUUGGCUGGCUGAGCGACCGGGUGUUCCUUAGCACGCAGCAGCCAGGAGCAGAGAUUUCCUCCCCAGAAGUAGUUCUGAAGAGGCUCAGAGCACUAAGCCACAAUGGCCCUCUCUUUGCCAUCUCUUUCCUGGCUUUCUGGGUCGCCUGGGCUCAUCCUGGCGUGCAGUUCCUUCUCUGCCUUUGCAUGUACGACAGCUUUCUCACCAUGGUCGACCUCCAUCACAACGCCUUGCUCGCAGACCUGGCUGUUUCGGCAAAAGACAGGACGAGCCUCAACUUCUGCUGCUCUCUCUUCAGUGCCAUAGGCUCGCUCUCUGUCUUCAUGUCGUACACAGUGUGGAACAAGGAAGACUUCUUUUCCUUUCGCAUAUUUUGCGUCGUGCUGGCCCUCUGCUCCAUCGUUGGUUUUACCCUGUCCACACAGCUGCUCCGCCAGCGAUUUGAGGCUGAUGGGAAAGCAAAAUGGGACCAGGAAUCAACCCUAAAACAGCUGUACAUCGAGAAACUCUCCGUACCCCAGGAGAAGAGGAUCACCCUGGCAGAAUACCUCCAGCAGCUCACGCGGCAUCGCAACUUCCUCUGGUUUGUCUGCAUGAACCUGGUCCAGGUUUUUCACUGCCACUUUAACAGCAACUUCUUCCCCCUGUUCCUGGAGCACCUGCUGUCAGACCAGAUCUCUGUCUCUACUGGAUCCUUCCUCCUCGGUGUUUCCUACAUUGCCCCCCACCUCAACAACCUCUACUUCCUGUCCCUCUGCCGCCGCUGUGGGGUUUACGCUGUGGUCCGAGGACUCUUCUUCCUGAAGCUGGCUCUCAGCGUCGUCAUGCUCCUGGCAGGACCUGAUCAGGUCUAUCUGCUCUGCAUCUUCAUAGCCAGCAACCGCGUGUUCACAGAAGGGACCUGUAAGCUGCUCAACCUGGUGGUCACCGACCUGGUGGACGAGGACCUAGUCCUGAACCGCAGGAAGCAGGCGGCCUCGGCGCUGCUCUUUGGGAUGGUCGCUCUGGUCACCAAGCCAGGACAGACGUUCGCCCCCCUCAUAGGCACCUGGCUGCUCUGUGCCUACACCGGCUACGACAUCUUCCAGCGCAACCCCUUGGGCAACGUGGUGAGCGCCCAGCCGAAGCUGGAGUCUGACGCCGCCUUGGAGCCGACUCUUCGCCAGGGCUGCUUUUACCUCCUCGUCUUCGUGCCCAUCGCGUGCGCGCUGCUGCAGCUCCUCACCUGGUCGCAGUUCAGCCUGCACGGGAAGCGCCUGCAGAUGGUGAAGGCUCAGCGCCAGGGCCUGAUGCAGGGUGAAGCGCCAGAAGUGAAAAUGAUCUAGGGCUGUCUGAGCCCCUGGGGCCGUCCUGGUUGCAGGCUGGGGCAGGACUGCAGGCAAGGUGAGGGGACUGCUGACUGAGCAGACCCUGCGUUUACAAUUCAGCUGUGAAAGGGUGUAAGGCCAGUGCUUGCUCAUUCCAGGAGGGGCUGCUGGGGAAGGCGGAGAAGUGCUCAGCACGCAGCGGGCCGGGGAUAAGUGGCUUUGACACAGGAGCAAGAGCAUUUUAACCUAGCUGGUCCCAGGGGGCUGCUAAUCCCAGAGCAGGAGGAGCUGGGGUGCAACAUGUGCUGGAGACAUACACAUCCCUGGUGGGCAGAGCAGGGCAGGGAGCACACAGGGAGCCUUUCCUUGCUCUUGAGGGACCCGGUGACCAAGGAGGGGAGAUUUCAGGACAGCAGAAGGGAUGGGAGGACCCUGAAGGCCUUGCCAGUAGCUGGUACCACCUCUCCCACAUACAGUGCUGUGUGAACCUGCCCUGCUGGCUGGGGCUGUGAGGUGCAGGUCAGGGAAGCAUCCCUGUGACCCAGGGGAUUGUCAUGCCCCUCUUCCAGGGCUGACCCUGGUGCCUUGCCUUUUUGCAGAGGGGAUAGCGCAGCCGGGAGGAGACAGCAGCUCUUGCUUUUGUGCCUUUGAUUUCACUCGGGAGCCCGUUUGACGCAAUGCUGGGUAGUCACAGGGGUGAGAUUUUACCUCUGGGGGGAAGGACAGACACCACAGCUCCUCUCUGCUUGAAACAGUGCCCCAGAGGUCAAUUGUCCACCUGGCUGCUGAGCCACGGAUCCAAGGGGGAAGGAGAGGGCAGGUGGUCACCAAAAGUCCCCAGGGUGAGGGAGUGUCUCCUCCAACCCCCUAGGGUGAGUGUGGUGCCAAAGCAGGCUGGGUGGGGGCCAGCAGUGCUCUGCCCUGUGCCCUCCCGCAGGACAAGGUGUGCUCACUCACAUACGUGCUGUUCUUCACUUAGUUGCCUCCCCAGCCUCAGUACCAGGCUCCUUCUGGGGUUGCAGCCCACAGAUCUGCCAUUUUGCCUCAGGACACAGCUGCCUCCCGUCUCGGACCAAGGUGUUUCUGCCACGGGGCUUCUGUAGUUCUCAAUAGUUCAAUCAUAACUUAUUUGUGCAGAUUUUAACAAAGUUUGAUUCUUCAUUUCAUAAAUUAAAGAUCUUUUCUGUA